AUGGAUGAUUUACCCAAUCAUGAUACUACUCCAACUAAGAAAAACAAUAAUCUAGAAGCACCGUAUGAAGGGAUGCAAUUUAACAGUUAUGAAGAAGCCAAGGAGUAUUAUACUAAAUAUGGACGACGCAAUGGUUUUACAAUUCGUGUUCGAUCAACAAAUAGAACUCGGAGAGGCGUUGGGGAAGUGACAAAUGCUUAUAUGAUGCAAAUCCUUCUUAACGAAGACAAUAGUAUGUGGAAGGUGAUGGCAUUUUCAGAUGAACACAAUCACAAAUUUUUGUCACCACGAAAAAGAAUGCGUAUGCGGUCCGAUAAAUGCAUGCCAGAAGAUGUAAAGGAUAUGACAGAAAAAUUUCAUAGAGAGAACCUUGAAGUUGGAAAAGUUCCUGUAAUCCUUGAUGGACAACAUAUUGGAUUUAAUAAAAGAGAUUGUUGGAAUCAUCUCCGCAAUGUUAGGCACAAAAAUUUAGAACUUGGUGAUGCCCAAUCUGUCAUUGAUUAUUUACACAAGAAACAAAGUGAAAAUCCUCAGUUCUUUUAUAGAGUUCAAGUUGACGAACAUGGCAGAGCGGUAAAUUUUUUCUGGGUGGAUGCACGAUCACGUUUAUCAUACGAACAAUUUGGCGAGGUAGUUUUCUUCGACACUACAUAUAGAACCAAUAAAUAUGAAAUGCCAUUCGCACCAUUUACUGGGGUAAAUCAUCAUUAUCAAACUAUCCAAUUUGGGUGUGAUCUUUUACAAGAUGAGACUGAAGUUACAUUUUCAUGGUUGUUUAGCAUAUGGCUUGAAGCUAUGGGGGAGAAACAUCCAUCAACUAUCAUAACGGACCAAGAUGCUGCAAUGGUUGGUGUUAUAAAGAAAGUUUUCCCAAAAGCGCGCCAUCGUUUAUGCCUUUGGCACAUUAAGAAAAAAUUCCCUGAGAAAUUAUCACAGAUUUAUUUUAAGAAGUCAAAGUUCAAGGGAGAUAUGAAAGAAUGUAUUCAUCAUACUUACAAGAUACAAGAGUUUGAAGAAAGGUGGAAAAAGAAGAUUAUAGAGUUUGAUUUGAGCAACAAUGAAUGGUUAACUGAUUUAUAUGAGAUUCGAGAAUCUUGGGUACCUGUCUACGAAAUACAUUUUAUGCGGUUGCCAUUAGUCUCAUCGAAAACCAAUCUCAGAGAAUUUGCGGUUCGGUAUGCCCAAGCUGUGAAAGAAAUCGUUGAUAAAGAAGAUAGUGAGGAUCUUAUAUCAGAGCAUAAAAUCCCGAAUAUUGAUAGCAGAAAUUUGAUACUUAAGCAUGGUGCUACAAUAUACACUCGUAAUAUUUAUAACAAGUUUCGUGAGCAACUAUUAGACGCACAACGUUUCAAGUCUGAUGAAAUAGAAAGAAGGGAUGAAUUUAAUACUUAUUUAGUAACAUCUAAGAUUGGUCACCCGCAACAGUUCACCGUAAAGAUGAAGCCAGGCACGUAUGAGGGGUAUUGUGAAUGUCAAUAUUUUGAAUUUAAAGGUUUACCUUGCAAACAUGUGUUUAAAGUUCUUAUGAAGCUAGAGGUAGAUGAAAUACCACCACAUUUUAUUCUGAAGAGAUUGUUGAAAGGUGCCAAUUCAUUUAGAAUUAUGGAUGAAACAUUACUCUUUGAUAAUUAUGAGAACCCAGAUUCAUUUAGACUUAGUCAUCUUUGUCGAAGAUCAACUCAGCUGUCAUGUUUUGCUUCAAAGUCAGAUACACUGUAUAGAAUGGCGAUUGAAGUUUCAAGCUCUAAAAUUCAAGAAGAUACUGAAGUUGACAAAUCAAGUCAUCCGUUUAUUGCUGAUCCACAUAUAUCGCAAGUGAAAGGUAGACCUGCUGAAAAAUCGAAAGGAAAAGUAAAUAGUUCCGGUAGAAUGUUACGUUCUGUUGAAGCAUCAGUACCCAAGCCGAGAAAGUGCUCUUUAUGUGAGGAAUUCGGGCAUGACAAAAGAAAAUGCCCACUAAAACCAGAUAAAGAACAAUUGAAAAUUGUUGAACCAAGUUCAACCAAUGAGAACGCCACUACACUUUGA